GUCGAGUGGGCACACUUCUGGCUCAAGAAGAAACUCUAAAAAUAAACAAAAUCAGGUGAAAAUGCACGAAAUAUUGUCAUCGCUGGACGGUCUCUUCCUGGGUCUACCCGGUCACUAUUCUAUCGCCCUGACUACUCUCCUACUCUGCGUUCUGGUGGCCUUUUAUUUUGCAAACUUCUUUAGGGACAACAACGAGCUGGAGGACGAGGGGCUGGGUCCCGAAGAAGUGCAUGACGAAGACGAUUCCGAGCUGAGGAAGCAUCUUGAGGACGAGGAUUAUGAUGAUGACGAACUGGAUCUGGAUGACGACGAGGCCUUCGAGGAGCGUACAAGUGAUAGCGACACUGAGCUCAUUGAGGAUCACCAACCCAGCCAGGACUACAGUCAUCUCAUGGGAAAGUUCAAGACCAAACAUAUGCAGAACAAUCUCGAGAAGGCCCUAACAGCCGACCAGAUCAUGGAAGAGCGUCGCAUUGAGAGGGAGCAGCUGGCGGCCAUUUUUGAAAUGCUGCGUAAGCAAGAGGCGGAACUGAAUCUCAAGGAUCGAAUCAGCGAACAGGAUCUCGACGAACAAGUGCGACUGUAUCGCUAAGCUCCCCGAGUGGAGAGGAAUGCUCAGCUUACCUGAAAGUAGAAACUUGUGUGAUCUAUGUUUGAAUGUCUCCUUGUUUUAAUUUAGUCGGUUAACUUAAAGUAUUCUUAGAUUAAAUUUACAUCUUAGUUGCCAAA